AUGGAAAUUGAAGAGUCUUAUCAAGAGGCUAGAUAAAUUUUAAGUCAGAAUUUAGAAAAAGGCAGAGCCAAAUUAAGUCCUGAUGAAAAACUAAAAUGUGAUAUUGCUUAGGCUAUCAUUUAUGAACAUGACCAAAAAAGAUUAUAGGCUGCUUCUAUCUUCUAUAAUUUAAGCUAAAAGAAACCAGAAUACUUUUAAAGAGCCAUCAUCAAUGGAUUGACUGCUCCUGCUUCUGCAAAGAGACAGGCACUUCUUCUCACAAUCUAUAGGGACAGCCGAAUUUAAAAGUCAAAAUGGCUUCCUUUUAUUAAAUCUAAUGUACUUUAGGAUCUAUUAAAGUGGAAUGAUAUUGAAAAUUUCGCCAGAGAAACUAAAGUAAAUCCCAAUUUAUUUUGUGAACAUAUCAUCACAGCUAUUAGUCGAUUUUACAGCAACAUCUCCAUAUAGAAACUGGCUCAGUAUUGUAAAUUGAAAUAGGAAGAAGCUUAUGAACUUUUAGAGAACAUGAUCAUCACGGAGAGACUACAGGCCUAAAUUGAUCAAUAAUAAGGAUAUAUCUAAUUUUAACAUAAGGAAUAAUGCACAAUAGAAGAAUUCUGUACAAAUUUGUAUAGUUUAUGCUAAUGA